CGGGGGUUGUGCCCGAGCCGGAUCCCCCGCUCCGGCUCCCAGCAGUGGUCUCCAGGAAAGGGUCGUUGUCCAGCACAGAUGCUUUGGUCGGAGGGAUCGCUGGAGGUUCGGGUCAAGGCGUAAAGCCUGGGGCUUCCAACGAUACUCCGGGCAGCGAUGGAAGCCUAGAUGCCUCACCGCAAGGAGUGGCCGAGCGGGUCCUCGCUUCACGCCCAAGGCAGCGCCGGCACCGCGGAGGGAGGAAGCAUGUCACGGUUGUCUCUCACCCGGUCACCCGUGUCUCCCCUGGCUGCCCAGGGGAUCCCACUACCAGCCCAGCUUACCAAGUCCAACGCGCCUGUGCACAUCGACGUGGGUGGCCACAUGUACACCAGCAGCCUGGCCACGCUCACCAAGUACCCCGACUCCAGAAUAAGUCGUCUCUUCAAUGGCACUGAGCCCAUCGUCCUGGACAGUUUGAAGCAACAUUAUUUCAUCGACCGGGAUGGGGAGAUUUUCCGCUAUGUCCUGAGCUUCCUGCGGACGUCAAAACUGCUGCUCCCAGAUGACUUCAAGGACUUCAGCCUGCUGUACGAGGAGGCAAGGUACUACCAGCUGCAGCCCAUGGUGCGCGAGCUGGAGCGCUGGCAGCAGGAGCAGGAGCAGCGGCGCCGCAGCCGGGCCUGCGACUGCCUGGUGGUGCGGGUCACGCCAGACCUGGGUGAGCGGAUUGCGCUCAGCGGUGAGAAGGCCCUCAUCGAGGAGAUCUUCCCCGAGACCGGGGAUGUCAUGUGCAACUCCGUCAAUGCCGGCUGGAACCAGGACCCCACGCAUGUCAUUCGCUUCCCGCUCAAUGGCUACUGCCGGCUCAACUCGGUGCAGGUCCUGGAGAGGCUGUUCCAGAGGGGUUUCAGCAUGGCCGCAUCCUGCGGGGGUGGUGUGGACUCCUCCCAGUUCAGCGAGUAUGUGCUUUGCCGGGAGGAGAGGCGGCCGCAGCCCACCCCCACCGCUGUCCGGAUAAAGCAGGAACCCCUGGACUAGGCCCUGCCUCAGUGCGCACCUGAGGCCUCUUGGCCCUGGGGACAGCCCAGGGACCUGGAAACAGUGCUGGGGAGUUCUGCCUAUACCUGCUUAGCGGUAGGACUAAGGGUGGGGCUAGAGGAUCCAAAGCUACCCCAGGGAGCCCCAGGUGUCAUGGCAACAGAAUGUGGGGUGCUAGAGGCAUGCCUGCUGAAGGACUGUUGAUGUGACCCAAAGGUGCCUCAGUGGGAACUCUGCCGCCAGUUCCCCAGCCCCCUUGGCUCCCCAGCCCGACACACAUCCUUUGAGGCUCCAGGACCUGCCGCAGUGGGGUCAGCACAGGCCUCCCCAGCCCACGGCAGAGAAGCGCUUCAUCCUUCUCCACGUGUGGCAGACUCCAGUGGGUCUCCUUGCGUCAGAAAUGGCUUAUUUUUCUACAGUAUUUAAGACAGAAAUAACUGUAACUGCACAAGCCAGAGAGGAGGACAAGGACCAACACUUCUUUAUCUGGUGCUCCGUUCUCAGAUGCGUGGCAUGCAGGAAUGUUGGAAGAGCUGCCGGGCACUCCAGCCCAGGUGCCCACAGAAUGGGGCUUGGAUACUUGUGGUCCCUGCUCUAGGGACUGAGGUAGGGAGGGUAGUGCUGUAGGAGCCGAAGCAGGGCCCCCUGGGGGCAGGGCUGCUGGGAGGAGGGUAUGAGGGACAGAUGACUGUGGAACCAUCUGAAACCCUGACUUUUGCUGCCACCUGGGGCACAGGCCACACACUAGGUGGGUCACCUGACCUCCUAAUGCCCAGGGGCUUCCAGUCCUGUUUGUAUGUCCUCACACCUGGGAUCCCAGAGGAAUCUUUCCCCAUCCAGACCAGCCACAGGGCCACAUGGCAUCCUUACCUCAGGAAUGGGCCCCAUGGUGAAGGGCCCAUCUGUCAGCAGCAUCCUCUGGGUCCCCGCCUCAGGAAGCCGUCCUCAGCUCUGAUUUUCCCAUACUAAUAUGCACACUGAAUUUUAAUUAAACUUGUUAUACUGG